UCCUGGUCUCGAGAGGGACAGCAUCUCGCCAGUGGAGAGCAAGAAAGUGGCAAAUAAUAUGGAAAGAUGGGUCCAGCUGUGGAUUCUGGGCUUGGUGGCCAUUGUCCCUGGGAAAGCUGCCCUGGAUUUGACUGGCAUCCACAUUGUCAACGGGAUCUGGAGAGCUCCGGCCACUUUGCCCUGUGUGUAUGAACCCUCCCAUGAUUUCAAGCAGCUCAAGGUGACUUGGAAGUUCUUCCUGCCAGGCGAAGCUCCUCGUUCCGUCUUGCUGCAUGAUGCCUACGGGGACCACAUCUUCUUGGCUGCAUUCAGAGACCGAGUCAACAUUGCACAGAAGCCCCCCGGAGAUAUUUCUCUCCACAUCAAGGAACUUGAAAUGACUGAUAUUGGUUCAUUCAUUUGCUUAGUUGAGUGGGAAGACCAAAACAGGAGCAGAAUCACUAGAGAAAAGACCCUCCAGCUCAAGGUGGUAAAAGUUCCAGCCUCCAAACCAGUCAUUAAAGCCAGCAGACAGGAAUCGGUUCUGCCCAGCGGGACCCAGAUGAAUCUGACCUGCUCGGCCAAUGGAUCUCUGCCCAUCAACUACCGAUGGUACAAAGAAGGCCCUGGGGGAGAAGCCGAGGAGCUGUGGAGGGGCGCCGUGCUGGCCUUUGAUGACCUGCAGGUGUUGGAUUCCGCCAGAUACUUCUGCACAGCUGAAAACAGGCUUAAUGUACAAAAGGAGCAGAGCAUCUCCUUUCAGCUGACAGUGAAAGAUGCCUCUGAAGUCUCCACUGGAGGACCAAGUGCUGAGUCAGGGGGACACCCAACAGAAACAGGGACACCAGUCUGGAACUUUGUAGCAGGAACCUCCAGGAGGCUUGAAGUGACCCACACCAGGACAGAUGGAAUGGUGACUUCAUCCACAGCUUUUGGGAACUCUUCAGGACAACAGAGGAAAACUCCCGGUUCUCAGAAGAAGGCUCUGCCACUGUAUCUCAUCAUCCUGAUUGCUGUGCUCUCUGCAGCUUUUACCCUUAUGGUCAUCUCUGUGGUCUUUUGCAGAAGGAGAACUAAGAGUGAUAAUAUGUAUGAAGUAACAUACAACAAUAAUGCCCUCACCCUGGGCAAUGAAGACAUCCCAGCCAGUCCAGGGGUCAACAGUACUUGCGUGUAUGAGGAACCGAAUUCAAGUUUUGAUAACAAUUACACUAUGGAGCCGACCAAAGCUGCUGAGUACGUGGUAAUGGGUGAAAAGAUGGACAAUGAAUAUGAGAUCCUUGUAGCUGAGAAGCAGUUGGGGAACUGAUGGCCAACUAGUAACAGGAAAGAAUAGAUCUUGCUACAUCUUCAAGAGCUGAGUUUUGAAGGACAUUCAUCUUGGCCCCUCCACAUGAACACAUAUCAACUUGCCUUAUCUGAACAGGAUCCUCCUCCUCCCAACUGGGGGUUCUCCUGUAUGGACCUCCAAAUGGGCUUCUUUCAGCCUAGCAACUCCACCCGCCCAGUAGCGGAUGCUUAGACUUUUCUCCCUGCCCAAGAGAAGCUGAUGCAGGGCUGGGCAAAACGUCGAUUCACCCUCCCCUCAUUUGGUGACUCUGCUUUCUCUGUUUCUCCUUGCAAAUUUGGCAGGUUUGGUUUGUUGAACGGGAGUUCUUUGGACUAAAAAAUGUUGACACUAAAAUGUGCAUUUAUUUGAAUUUUUUGUUUGCAGUUUGCCUAGAAUACACUAUCUGUACUCCUCCAUCUGAUCAAAAGCACAUUUGUCCUAAUAUAAACAUUAUAAACAUUUUGAACCAAUGAAUCACAGUGCAAAACAUCAGGAAAUGGUAGCUUUGGGGUUAUUGCUUAAAUUAGCAAUAAUUAGGUUGAAAUUAGGUUUCUUUUCCCCCCUUUUCUAAUUGGCAGACAAAUACUGCAGCUUUUUCUGUCCUUCAUUCAAAUAUUUUCCUAGGCUUGUUUUUAUUCAUUGGCCUAUUUUAAAGCAAAAUAAUCUAAUAUUGACUAAGAGGAAAGAAUUCUUUGGCAGAAUUCUGUAGAUGAAUGGAUCUCAACUCACAGAAUUCCUCAGCCAGCAUAUUGUUUGUAAACUGCCAAAAUCAUUUAUGUGAGAUAGCUGGUAUAGAAAUUUGAUAAAAUAAACACUGCUCUACAGAAGGGAAGAACAUGUAGGCCCCUUUCGGAUUAAUAUGAAGUUGGAUUCCAGAGUGUUGGUAUUGAAUGAAGCAGAGUCUCUUAGGAUUUGGGAUUUGAUAAGGUGAAAGUUGGUAGCAACCACUGAGCACUUGAUAAACACAAUGAACAGGGAUGAUCAUGGGGUUUUUGUGUCUCUCUGUGUUAAAGGAGUGAAGUUGAGGCUUCCGCUGCACAAUCAAACCCUGCCCCUUUAAUAGAGGUGUUGUGAUCAAAGCCUCACACCGCUGGAUAUCCAUAAAAAAGGGGGCAGGGCUUCAAUUGUCUAGCUGAAGCCCCUCUUUCGGAUUUUUUAAAGCUGCUACUCCCUAUGGAUGUCCCAGUCUUCCAAUUAGUCAGGCACAGACUCUUGUGUGUUGUUGACUUGGCAAUCACCUAGGAAGGAGCUUGUGUGGUUGUGCUGAUGCCCUUCAGGAAGAGCUUUCUCCUUUGCUGGAUUCACUGCCCUCCUGCCAAUGCUCUUAGAGAAGAAUGAUAAAGUCUCCACAUUUAAUGGGUUUCUCUUUGCAGAGUUGGAGAAAGCAAGUCAGCUGUGCUCUUGUUCUGCUCCCUUUGAGCAGACCUCCAUGAUAACCAAGAAGAUUGCAAGAUGUUUGAAAAAGCUCUGUGUUGACCAAGAGGGAACAGCUUUGUUUCUAAAGGACAUGAGAUUCCCUGGCGUGAAUCCUAGGUGUGAAAUGUUAGUGAACAGUUCUCUCCCAAGUGAGCAGGGCUGAAGGCUUCUUUGGACUUGCUUUUUGGGGAUGGUGGGUGAGGCCAAAGCAAAAGCUUCAUGUGAUCCCAUUUCAUCUACUUUCAAUAUUAAUAUUGUUAGAAUUUAAAUAGAAAAAGAACAUAGAAAAAACAUUGAAAGUUAAAAGCCUUUCAUUCCCCCCCCCCCAUUUCCCUUUAGCAACCUCAGUCCACUGAAUAAACAUACAAUCCUAACACUUAGACUUAGUGGCUCCAUCAAACUUCUGGAUUAUGACCCUCUCAUAAUAAUCCACACCCAAGAAGGAUUUACCUUCUCGGACUUAACACAUUCUCAGGGCAAUCACAAUCACAGCCUAGGGCAGGAACCUAAAUCUGUGUAUCUAAACAUCAAAGCCCACUUGUUAUAAUAGUAGUACAGCUCUUAAUGUUGUUGGCUACCUUCAACCAUUGUACAUGGUUGAAUGAAUAAACUCUACCCCUGGCAGCUGCCCAUUUGUGUUUAUUGUAUAUGUUUAUUUGUGACCCAGCUCAGAAAAUUGGACCAAAUAAAUUCUUUAAACAUUAUGUUUAAUAGGUUUGUUAUCCAGUCACAUAUUUAAUAUUGCCCCUUCCAACUCAUUAAUACUUACAAUUUGGUAACGAUAUUUGGACACCUUUGGAUUUUUAGGGCAUCCAUGGGUUGGGAAGUAACAUUAUCUCCCUGCACAAAUGACAUGUGUUGUCCUGUGUGGCUUUUAGAAGAGGCCUCUGUCUUCAUGGGAUCCUUUUGCUUGGAUUCUGACUUAAAUCAUGUAGCAGGAGUUUUUAUUACAUAUGGCAAUGUUAAGAAAUUGUUUUUCAGUUGAUAUGAAAAUACAAACAUGUGCAAAGUGUUUUCAGUCUCUUUGGCUCCCUGGAGAGAGAAACAGAGAAACAGGCUCUGGUGGAAAUAUGGUAAAGUGAGGGAGUUGCAAUUUCACUCUCUGACAUUGCCCUGAUUUUAAUAGAUAUUAAAAUCAUAUAUGUAAGUAAAGCAAACAUUGU